AUGGCUCAUUCCAAACGCAAUACCUCGCUGCCUCAUUUCACGUCCUAUGAACGGUCUCUUCUACGCUCAACCUGGGGAUCCCAGAGUACUCGACUAUCCCGUGAAUCCUUUCUACCCUUCUCCUCAUGUAGACUGUGUCUUCUCCCAGCCCGUGAACCGGUCGUCGCUUGCGCCACCAAUGGCGACCUUUUCUGCCGAGAAUGCGCCGUCAACGACCUCCUUGCACAACGAAAGGAAAUAAAAAGGUUGGAAAAAGAACGAGAAAUUGCUCAACAGGAACGAGAUGAGGAUCAAGAGCGAUUAGCUGCGGAGGCACGAGAUCGAGAACUGAAAGAGUUCGAGAUGGUUAGCAUGGGACUUGAAGAGAGGAAAGCGAAGAGGAAACGAGAGCUAGAGGAGCGAGGAGGCGAGAAUGAGAAAGGUAGCAAGAAUGGUGAUGAGUUGCCAGGUACUCUGGAGAUAAAGAAGAGGCGAAAGGAGGGCUUCGAACUAAAUGAAGUAGAGAUGCGGAAAAUAGCGAUGGACGAGCGAGAGAAGAUGAUGAAAAAAAUUGAAAAGGAGAAAGCGGAAUCGUCGAAAUCCCAACUGCCCUCCUUUUGGGUACCGUCCUUAACACCAUCUGUUGCUGAAAAUGGAGAUGAUGCCAAAUCCGCAAAACUCAAUCCAAUAUGUCCUGCAUCAACACCACAGAAUAAGCAUGGAUACUCCUUAAAGGGGCUGGUGACGGUUCAUUUCACAGAGGAGAAAGAUGAGAAGACAGGUGAUAUGGUCCGCAUAUGCCCAAGUUGCAAGAAGGCACUUAGUAACGGACUCAAGGCCAUGCUCGCCAAACCCUGUGGACACGUUAUUUGCAAACGCUGUGUCAACCAAUUCAUGACAGCGGACAAAGGCGCAGACCCACACUCUAAAGACCCUUCCGAGACAGAACGUAUAGGGAAGGUAUUUUGCUACGUCUGUGAAGCGGACUUGACGAGCAAGAAAGCGAGCAAGGAAGGGAAGAAGGAGAAAGAAAAGAUACGGCCUGGUCUAGUGGAGAUAUCGUCUGAGGGAACAGGGUUUGCUGGCGGCGGAAAGAACAUGGCCUCCAAGUCCGGGACUGCAUUCCAAUGCUAA